AUGGAAAAUUUACCACUUAUACCAGGCUAUACAUUUCGCGAUCAAAGUGUAAGUUAAAGACUGAAACAAAUUUAUUAUUUAAACGAAUAACUAAAGAUUAAUUUCUUUUUAAAGAUCGACGAUUAUAGAUUAUUGCAAAAAUUUAAUUUCUUGAAUGGUUAUCGAGUGGUACGUGACAGUAAUUUUGGUAUUGGAGGGAGGCCAAUAGAUGCGGCAUCUACCGCAUACAUAAAAGAUGUACCUAUUGCACACUACGAUCCAUCGUUAACGUACGGCCGUACGAAAAGAUACGCACAUCGUCAAGUGAUCCCACACUAUGCGCUAUUUGCACAGAAAUGCCUUUGCUUCAAAGCAUUUUUUCGCCAAGGGGUGUUCAAUUCUCCGGACGAACACUUCCGGAUACGUCACGUGAAUAUAAUAUAUUUUUUGGAGAAUGACACUGUUAGCGUAAUAGAGCCCGCGGUCGACAAUGCCGGCUUUCAACAAGGAAAGCUCGUUAAACGUGACAAAAUUGUAAAAAAUGUAGCGGGUGAUACGCUUCGUUGGAAGGAUUUUAACGUUGGGAUUGACGUAUGUAUUUAUGGCGUAGUUUAUCAUAUUAUCGAUUGCGAUCUAUUUACCAGAGAGUUUUUAAACAGUCAAGGCAUAGAUGUCGGGGACAAGGAGGAACCUCCUAUAGAUCCUUACACGUCGCUUCGUGCGUCCAAGCAUAAGGUACCGGCGCGUAUCACGCCGAUCCCGGACGAUGCUAGACGUCGGUUUUUAGAAUACGAUACGAUGAUAUUAUCGUUCACCGCUACUUGGAACGACGAUGUUUACCGGAUAAUGUAUUUCUUAACGGACGACACGAUAUCCGUGCGCGAGAUACAAAAGCCUAACAGCGGCAAGGAUCCAGCGGCGACGUUAUUAAAACGAAUGAAAGUACCGAAAGAUUGGAAAAAUCUACCGUCGUCUUAUCCGGCUGUGUACUUGGAAUACGGCGAUCCAGAAAUCGUCGAAUACUGUACGCCAAAGGAUUUCGUGAUAGGCGGCACGAUUUUUAUAUUCAGUCGAGGUUUUCUUUUGCACGAUUGCGAUUCUUUCACGAGGAAAUAUUACUCGGAUAUGCUGGGGAUAACGCAACCGGAAAGAAUUCCUCUACCGGCGGAGAAAACGAGACCGACGCCGGAAUACGUAGCUCCGGCGCACAUAAAAUUCGGCACAACCGAGGAUACUUACAUGAGUUGUCUGUCGUUCGUGCCUAAACCGCCGAGAAAGAACGUCGUGCAGCAGCUGAUCAAUUUCCCGAAGAAGCUACGUUACUCCAUGAGAAUGGACGCGGUACAUCCCGAGGACAAGAAUCGCGAUUUCAUUUUGGAGUAUAGUUUGAGCAAUGGCACGAUACUGGUGCACGAGCUCGAGAAACGUAAUUCGGGACGUCGCGAAGGUUGCUUCCUGAAAGCUACAUUGGUCCCGAAACCGAACACCGGAAGAGACAAUCCGGAUUACUACACGCCUCAAGACUUUUACAUAGGCGCGACGAUUAAUAUUUAUAAUCAUUAUUUUACGAUAGAUGGGGCCGAUCUUUACGUGUAUCGUUACAUGGAGGCGAAUCCCGAGAAGUUUUCGGGGGAAGUACGGGACAAUGUUCGCGAUUAUUUCGUUAAACGGAAUUUACUCGGCGACGAUAUCGCGGCCGAGGCGAAAAAAAAACAGAACGCGGAAGAGGCGGCAAUUUAUACGGUCGAGCCAGCCGAAGCAACUAUUGAACGCGAUCUUGAUACGAUCAAUUGUUUAAAUGAUCUCAAGGCUCAAGCUGAACGUAAGUAUGAAGGAGAACACGGGGAGCUGAGGCCACGUACACCGCCGCCGGAAGAAUUGUGUCCAGGUUUAGCGACAGCGAACGAUUCUGUGGAUCCUCAAAACGUAGAGAAACCCUUGAAAAGAGAUACAAAAAAAGAAGUAAGAUGGAAUGAUUAA